UCUGAAAAACGCCAUCAGUGCAUAUGUCUGCAAAUUCGCUUAAAGUACAGUACACCCCGUCCCAACUACUUUGUCGUGAGAAUUACACCCGGUUUGUGCGAGGCGGCUCGCUGUUUAUUCACCACCGUGAGGACAACUUCCCGCAAAAUGUCACUUCUGAGUCAUUUUUGACCUCCGGAGCCGCCUCUGAACCGGGGGAACAAAUGUGUCAUGACGCCAGCCAAACAUUGGCGCUAAUGUUAUGAUGGCUACAAGCUAGCAGGCUAGCAACCCUAACGAAGGCGACCAUUAAAAAAAGCAGCGCUCGUAAUUACUCUCCGACGGUUCGUCACAGCUCCUCUCUGGCUCCACUUUGGAGGCACCGCGUCGGGCGUCACAACAAGGACGUCAGACUCGCAUCUACACCCAGCACAUUACUCAUCAUGCCACUGGAAACUGUGGAAUGUUUUUCCCCGCCAGAUAAUGCUCGUCACGCCAGACCCGCGCUGCAGAGACUUUGAGCGCUCGCAGUCGGCAUUUCUCUGACAAUAAUUACCGCUGGAUGGACGUCUUAUCUCGCGUGCUUCCGGUGAGACGUUGACUAUGUGUCUGGUCGCCUCGGACUUGCUGGGGUAAACAUUGGCGUACAGUCUUGUGGGGAAAAAAAGAAACAAAAAGCCCAAAGAAGGAGCCCCAGGACGGGAUAUCUGCUCCCCGGGAAAGCAUGGCUUCAGUUUGGAAGAGACUCCAACGUGUGGGGAAGCACGCCUCCAAGUUUCAGUUUGUGGCUUCCUAUCAGGAGCUGAUGGUGGAAUGCACCAAGAAAUGGCAACCAGACAAACUGGUGGUGGUUUGGACGCGCAGGAGUCGACGGAAAUCCUCCAAGUCCCACAGCUGGCAGCCUGGCAUCAAAAACCCCUACAGAGGUGUGGUGGUGUGGCCCGUACCGGAGAACAUUGAAAUCACUGUCACUCUCUUUAAGGACCCUCAUGCAGAGGAGUUUGAAGACAAAGAAUGGACGUUUGUCAUUGAAAAUGAGUCUCCCUCUGGCCGGAGGAAGGCCUUGGCCACCAGCAGCAUCAACAUGAAGCAGUACGCCAGCCCCAUGCCCACGCAGACGGACGUCAAACUCAAGUUCAAGCCGCUCUCCAAAAAGGUGGUGUCGGCCACGCUGCAGUUCUCCCUCUCCUGCAUCUUUCUGCGUGAGGGAAAGGCCACGGACGAGGACAUGCAGAGCCUGGCCAGCCUGAUGAGCAUGAAGCAGGCCGACAUCGGCAACCUGGACGACUUCGAGGAGGACAACGAGGACGACGAGGAGAACAGGGUGAACCAAGAAGAGAAGGCUGCAAAGAUCACAGAGAUAGUAAACCAGCUGAAUGCCCUCAGCUGCUUACAUGACGAUGAUGAUGAUGAUGAUGAUGGAAGUGGUGGCGUCCCAUGGCGAGCACGCAAAGCGGCCGCUAAGCCUGUCGCGUCCUCUCAAGAACUGAUCAACAAGCUGAACUUCUUGGAAGACGAGGAUCGGGAAACAGAUCCAGCCAUGUGCAGCAACCCCUUCGACGAGCCCGGAGAUAACCACCUCAACCCAUUUGGCGAGCCAGGCGAGGAAGCAGAACCUCCCGAGCCGCCCCCCUCGCAUCAGCGGAUCGAUGAUUCCUUCUACAACAACGACUCCUCGAAUCCAUUCAUCGAACACGAAGAGUCACCAGGAAAUCCCUUCGAUGAACCUGAACCGGCCGCUGACCUGAAGCCGGAGCCCCCGAAACCCCGGCCGAGGAAAGGCGUGCGACCCGUUGACAUGAGCAAGUACUUGUACGCCGACGUCGCCCAAAAUGAAGAAGAUGAGCUCGAUGAGUCCAACCCAUUCUACGAGCCAAAGACCAGCCCGUCACAGAGCCCCACUGGUAGCCCCUCCCUGGACGCGGGCAUCGGCCAGAAGAGGAAGGCACCAGCGCGCCCCAGCACGGGCCCUGGCCUCAGCCCCGUUGUACCAGCGCCCAAGCCAGGCCCCGGCCCGGUCGGGGACAAAGCCCAGCCGGUCAGGCUUGGUCCAGUGGCAGCGGUCAUCGGGAGAGAACUGGCCUCUUCUUCCCCAAAGCCCAGCCCGGUGCCCAGCCCGGUUCUGGGAGGGAAGCCCAAUGCCAGCCAGUCGCUGCUGGCCUGGUGCCGCGAGGUCACCAGGAACUACCGCGGAGUGAAGAUCACCAACUUCACCACGUCCUGGAGGAAUGGCCUGGCCUUCUGCGCGCUGCUGCAUCACUUCAGGCCCGACGUCAUAGACUACAAGUCGCUCAAUCCUCAGGAUAUUAAAGAAAACAACAAAAAGGCGUACGAUGUUUUCGCCAGCCUGGGCAUCUCACGCCUCCUGGAGCCGUCGGACAUGGUGCUGCUGGCCAUCCCCGACAAGCUGACCGUGAUGACCUACCUCUACCAGAUCCGGGCGCACUUCUCCGGCGAGGAGCUCAACGUGGUGCAGAUCGAGGCCAACAGCAGCCGCAGCACUUACAAGGUGGGCGACUUCGAGACGGACACCAACGCCUCCAUAGACCAAGACAAGUUCUACGCCGAGCUCAACGACGUGCAGACGCGCUCCCAGGGUGCCGACUCUGCCGCCGCUGAAAACACUCAAUCAAAUGGCUCCAAAAGUAUGGAGGACGGAGCAGCGACCGAGCUCGGAGGUGACGUGGAAGUCACAGCGCCUUCGGGAGGCGUGAAAACAUCAGCGCCUCCUCAAUCUUCAGCUCCUGUGCCGUCAUGCCGUACGGCAGCUGACUCUCCUCCGGUGACAUCAUCAGGCUCUGAAGACCGGGGCAGCUUACUGAAAGCGAAAACUUUGGACCUCUCCGAUCUACCGCAAAAGUUAGAGAGGGACUUGGGAGACGAAAGACAGCGGGGGGACAAGCAAAUAAUCCAAGGGGGUACGGCGGUGGGGUCCUCUACCCAAACGGGGCCUCCCCCUGUCUCGCCUGUUCAUCAAAAAUUGGGCUUCUCUUAUAACCGGGAUGCUGACCUCAUCAAGAAGAAAAGGGCCAGCCUGCGUCACUCUGAGUCCGAGCCCACGUCGGAUACGAGAUCUCCAGUCAACCACAUGGACUCAGAACCCAAAAAGGAACAAGCGCCCACACCUGUUUCAAGUCCCACUGCUGAGAAGAAGGCGUUGUCCCGUCAGGAGGAGCUGAAGGAGCGAGCCCGCCUCCUGCUGGAACAGGCCCGCCGAGACGCCGCCACCAAGGCCACCAACAAGAGCGCCCCCAACUCGUCGGGCGCGUCCGCGCCGAACAAAAGCAGCAGCGUCUGCGAUGAGCGGGAUGCCGAGCGGCGGAGACAGCUCAGGGAGAGAGCCCGGCAGCUGAUUGCCGAGGCCCGCUCCGGAGUCAAGAUGUCCGACAUGAACCUGGAUGUGUCCGGCGCCGGCAGAGCCAAGGGCUGCAAGACCAGCCUGGCUGGAGAUGUUGUGGAUGGAGAAGCACGUCGCCAUAGCGACGAGGGUGUCGACGGUAGCAAGCGUGAGGAUGAGGAGGAGGAGCACUUCCACGUUGGUGUUGGAGGGGACGAGGGUGACCCUGUUACUGCAGCCGCGUCGACAUCCGCCCUGCCUACUAACCCCGUGGCCCACGAGGCCCCUCUCCCAGCUCCGUUCAGCAGUCUGGGCCCCCUGGAGCUUACUAACCCCAGCUCUAAGCUAACAUCUCUGGGACCCAACAGUAAGCACGUGGACCUGAAGCUGAAGAAGCUCGCUGAGGUCAGACCGGGCGCAGCUGCUGGGCCUUCAUCCCCGUCCUCCUCCACCUCCUCGUCUUCCUCUACGCCCACCACCACCACCUCCUCCAGCUCCCCGCUCAGCCCUGCCGAAGGAACCCAGAACAACGCAGACGAGCUGCGAGCGGAGCGACUGCGCCGAGCCACCGACAGGCUGCGCAGCCCCGUGGUCUUCAACAAGGACUCUGCGGUCAGGAAGACGCAGCUCAAGUCCUUCAGUCAGUAUGUGGAGAGCAGACCAGAGGUGAAGAGACAGAAGUCUGCUCCUGAGGACCUGAAGAAGACGGAUGGUGACGGUUGGGGGUCGCAGAUGGACAUCGACAUCCGCAGGCCUUUUGAAGAAGAGAAGGCGUUCAAAGACGCGAGUCAGUAUGUGGUCGGGGAGCUGUCUGCGCUGGAGAGCGAGCAGAGGCACAUAGACGCCCGAGCGGCUCGCGUGGAGAAGAGGCUGCGCUAUCUCAUGGACACAGGCAACAACAAGGAGGAGGAGGAGGCCAUGAUGCAGGAGUGGUUCAUGCUGGUCAACAAGAAGAACGCCCUCAUCAGGAGACAGAACCAGCUCUCUCUGCUGGAGAAGGAGCACGACCUGGAGAGACGCUUCGAACUGCUCAACAGAGAGCUGAGAGCCAUGCUGGCCAUCGAAGACUGGCAGAAGACGGAGGCCCAGAAGAGACGCGAGCAGCUGCUGCUGGACGAGCUGGUCCUGCUGGUCAACAAGCGAGACGCGCUGGUCCGAGACCUGGACGCCCAGGAGAAAGAGGCCGAGGAGGAGGACGAGCACCUGGAGCGGACGCUGGAGCAGAACAAAGGCAAGAUGGCCAAGAAGGAGGAGAAGUGUGUCCUGCAGUGAUGUCACCUUUUUUUUUUUUUUUUAUCGCCGGUACUUUGAACAACUUUUUUUUUUAUUAUCGUGACAAUAAGGAGUUUUAACGCAAAAACAAACAAGUUCGCUUUCAUUUCAUUGCUUAGAGAAGUUUUUACAUGUAAAAAAAAACAAAAAACUUUUAUUUUGAAAUUGUCUCAGCUUGAAAGCAGUUUACCAAAAAAAAAAAAAAUCUUGUAUAUUUUCAUCACUCAGCUUUUUUUCUUCAGGAACAAAGAAAGUAAAAACUAUAUUAUUUAUUGUCGUUUAAGCUGCUUGGACGUGAAACUGCCAUCACAUUUUUGUUCUUUGUUUUGUAUUUAUUGACUGAACUGUGCUUCCACAUUUCCAUUAACUCUACGUCGUUUUUCCUUUCUUUUUUUUUUCCUUGUAAUUUUAUUUAUUCCACACAAAGUCAUCAAGUACAUUGUCAUUUUCACCUCAGCUGCUGCUUUUUUUUUUUUUUUUUUUUUUUUUUUUACACAUCAAACACUUUUACUUGGCUCUACAAAAGUGUGUUUGUAUUUCUAAAUCCAAAGCAACGCUUUUUUUUUAAAUACAAAAAUGUAAUUAUUUUUCUUUUUGCAAAUAUAUCUUUAAUCUUCGAGCACAAUUGUACAUUUUUAAUUAGGUGAACGAAGCUGCUUUUAUCUGCUCUUUUAGCGACUGGUUUCAAAUAAAACACGUUUUUUCCA